AAACACAUAGUUUUUGCUGUUUAUGUAACCGUGUUCGUGGAAUACAUUAAGCGGAGCUGCUCAUUCAGUAUGGAUGGACCUGUCUCCCCUUCAUUGUCCCAGAUGGAGGGACUGCUGCAGGGGCUGUUGGCAGGCUCUAUAGAAGCUGAUGAAUUCUUCUGCAUGGUGCUCUCGUUACUGGGCAGCCACAGGACUCGCUCCCAAUUCCCUGGGAUAGUGGGGAGGCUGAGAAAGCAGGAGCCCACACUGUAUGCUCAAUUAAUUCACAUGCACGCCGACUACUUCCACCAGGUGUCCCCAGAUUCUGAAGUUUUGGAUCAUGAUAUUGACCUGGAGCUUGCCAUAGCUUUAUCUCUCCAGGAAGACUCUUCUACUGCGCAGCCUACCGAAAGUUCACCUGCAUUUCAGGAAUUACAAAGACAAAGCGGAGAUGCCAAGAUUUCCUUUGCCGAAGCUGCUAGAGGGUCCUCUUCUCAAAGUCACAAGGACCCAACACCUUCACGGUUCAACAAAGAUGUAAAGACAAAGGACAACCAGACCAUGAAAGAACUUCCUCAAACUCUACAGAGGCUUCAAGCUGUUGAGCAGAAGACGAACGUCGGCAUCUCAUACAAUGGUCAACCAGAACCGGAGGACUGCGUCCUCAACACGGACGGUGGGGAUCUUUUCUCUUUAGAACCUUCAGAUCCUAAACAAAGCAAACCUAAAAAGAGCAGAAGAAACAGAAGAAAGAAAAGCUCUGAUCCAUUGAAGAGUCCUGUUUGCAUGCGACCAGUCCUGGUUUGGUUCAGGAGAGAUUUGCGCUUAUACGAUAACCCGGCGCUAAUGGCCGCCCUGGAGCUUGGAGUUCCGGUCAUCCCUGUGUUUUUGUGGUGCUUGACUGAAGAAACUGGUCAGAAUUUCACACUUGCUACUGGUGGGGCUACUAAAUACUGGCUACACCAUGCUUUAUCCCAGCUCAAUCAGUCUUUGGGGCACAAAUUUGGCAGCCAUAUUGUUUUUCGGGUGACCCAGUCUUGUGCCCGGGAGCUGACAUCUCUUGUACAGGAGACGGGGGCGGACACUGUUGUAGUGAACACAGUAUACGAGCCGUGGUUGAAAGAAAGAGAUGAUAUCAUAGCCGAGACCCUAAAGAAACAAAGGGUGAAGUUCAAAAGGUUCCAUUCGUACUGCCUGUAUGAGCCCUACUCCGUCAGCACAGAAGGGGUAGGUUUAAGAGGUAUUGGCUCCGUGACUCACUUCAUGAGCUGCUGUAAAAGGAACACCUCUGGUCCACUAGGAACCCCUCUCGAAGCCCCCACUAGCUUGCCUAUUCCAUCACGCUGGCCUGAAUCAUCGGACCUAAGCAGACUGAACCUGUCACGAAUGCCACGUAGGAAAGAUGGCACCGUGGUCGAUUGGGCAGCCACUAUCCGGGCAACCUGGGACUUCAGUGAAGACGGUGCUUUUAGGUGUUUAACCAACUUUCUUGAACAUGGUGUCAGACACUAUGAGAAGGAAUCUGGCCGAACUGAUGAACCGUACACAAGCCAUAUUUCUCCAUACCUCCACUUUGGUCAGAUCAGCCCCCGCACUAUCUUACAUGAAGCUUAUUUUACUAAAAAGAACGUUCCGAAAUUCCUGAGGAAGCUUGCUUGGCGUGACUUGGCAUAUUGGCUGCUUGUCCUCUUUCCUGACAUGCCGACCGAACCCAUCAGACCUGCAUAUAAGAGUCAGCGCUGGAGCGGUGACCAGGACCAUUUACGAGUGUGGCAGAAAGGCAUGACUGGUUACCCGCUGGUAGACGCGGCCAUGAGAGAGCUCUGGUUGACCGGAUGGAUGAAUAACUACGCAAGACACGUGGUCGCCUCCUUCCUGGUGGCGUAUCUGCAUAUUCACUGGGUGCACGGAUACCGAUGGUUCCAGGACACCCUUGUGGAUGCGGAUGUGGCCAUCAAUGCCAUGAUGUGGCAGAAUGGGGGCAUGUCGGGACUCGAUCAUUGGAAUUUUGUUAUGCACCCAGUGGAUGCUGCUCUCACUUGUGACCCGUACGGCUCCUAUGUGCGCAAGUGGUGUCCGGAGCUCGCUGGGCUGCCCGAUGAAUACAUCCAUAAACCAUGGAAGUGCGCGCCAUCUCAGCUUCGACGGACAGGUGUAACUCUAGGCGAAACCUACCCUCAUCGCAUAGUCGUAGAUUUAGAAGAGCGGCGAGAGCAGUCGUUGAGAGACGUGGUGGAUGUUAGGAUGAGGCACUCUGCAUACAUAGAUGAUAUUUCUGGAUGUGACAUGGUGCCCAUUCCUGAUCAUCUCCUGGCCCUCACACUGGGGCAGUCUGAAGGAGAAGAUGAUGUCAUCAAAAGCCAAAAAGGCCGCUUCCUCUUACCAGUCAUCACCCGAAAGGAGUUCAAGUACAAAACCUUGCAGCCCCAUGCAAAGGAUAACCCCUUCAACACCGUGCUUAAAGGCUACGUAAGUCGCAAGCGCGACGAGACCAUCGCUUACAUGAAUGAAAGGCAUUUCACAGCAAGUACCAUCUCGGAGGCAACACAGAUGCACGAAAGGAGAGAAAGGACCUCGCGGUUAUUGGAGGGUCUCCCUCAACCCAAAGACCCCAAAAAUAAAAGCAGGCGUACGCCGAGGAACGACCCCUACACUGUUGUUCCCCCGGGUUUUUUCCACCUUGCUAAUUAGAAGAUGACUUUCACGCAAACAUACUAUUUAUUUUUUUGUUAUUAACCCGGAGGAUAUUUGAUUGUAAAUUACCGUUUUUUCUUCCAGUGGGACAUCUAUAUUACUGGGAUUUUUAUUUAUUUUACAUUAAUUUUAAUAAAUUCCUGUAAGGAAGGAAAACAAUGUUUUAGAACGUUCCAUAUUAAAAAUGCCAACUUUCUUCC